UAUUAAAUUGAUUAUAAAAUGGAUUUUUCUGUAACAGAAACAAAACCUAGCCAACCAAAGACUGUGUCUACAUCAGCCAAAUUCUUAAUUUUUGCCACCGGCGGUGUGGGAGUGGGUUUGUCGGUCAUUUGUUAUUUUGUAGCUCCAGCAUUUCGCCGCAUUUGCCUUCCCUAUGCAGCAACUACGGAACAAGUCAAUAAUGUUCUUCAGUUCCUGCCGCGCAAUACUCCUAAACGUUUGCUAGAUAUUGGUUCUGGUGAUGGAAGAAUAGUUUUGGCUACAGCAAAACAUGGUCUGCAAUCUGAUGGAGUUGAAUUAAAUCCUUGGUUGGUGUGGUGGUCACGCAUAGCGGCUUUACGUGAGGGUGUUGGAUCGAAAACAAAAUUCUUUCGUAAAGAUUUGUGGAAAUUUGAUUUGAAAACUUAUGAUUAUGUUGUCAUAUUUGGUGUCGAACAAAUGAUGAAAGAUUUUAGAGACAAAACUUAUCGCUGA